AUUUGUCGUACGAGCUGUCUACUAUUUAUAAAUCCAUGUAAACAAAUGAGGGAUUUACAACACAAGCUUAAAACUUGAAAGGUUUUGCAGAGAUGACCAUUUUGAAGUGAAUCUGGCAAACUAUUAUACAAGAAGAUGGAAACAACAUUUGAGGAAUUUUCUGUUGACAUUGAUGAAUCUAGAGGCCAUGUUGGACCUCCAGUUAACCUCUUCAAUGUGGACAUGAAAUAUCAAUCCAUAGACUUUACAACAGAACCAUCUACCGUUGAACAGAAUGAGAGAGCUGCCACUCCUCCACCCCCUCCCUUGGAUAUAUUUGACUUUGAUCUGAAAUACACUGAAGAUCCCUUGCAGCAACAAAGUAACAUCACAGAAAAUUUGGAGUCUGACACUGUGGUAAGUGCAGGCCCAAUGCUGCAAGGGAUUGAUUUCACAAGUUUUUCAGUAGUGGAGCUUUCGGAAAAUAAACCACAGAAUGUGAAGACUUCCAUUCCUUCGAAUGAUGUAACAAGAACAGUUCAAAAUCCAAUGGCAAGUGAGAAGUCUGCUGGUGACCAGGAUGUUCAGAAGUCUGUUCUUAUGGAGAGUGUGCUUCAGAAGAUAAAGACAACACUACCAGGAAAUAACCAGACUGUGAAAGCAGAGCAGCAGGUGACAGAGAUCAAAUCAGAGAGGAUACAGGAGAGUAGUGCCUUUAGCAUUGAAAAAAAUACGACAGCAAAGAGCAGUGGAGACUCGGAUGACGAAUUUGAUUUUGAUUUACCUGCAAGUAAAAACACUCCUCAGAAUCUUGAUGAUCAGAGCACCCAGGCACAAAAACAAGACUUAAGCUUGUCAUCCCCAGCAUUGAGAUCGCAUACUAUAACAGAAUCUUUCAGUCCAGUCUCCAGUGAAGAAAAGCAGCCAUCUGUUAAGGUUGUGCCAGCUCCAGAUACUCAGACUGGUCCAACUUUAACUGGUCUUGAAGGGCUGCAGACCAGUCAAGGAACACCAGCUUUGUCAUCAGGGAGUAGUGCUAAACUAGGACAGUCACAGACAGUCAGUGAAAUAGGGAAUGCUGUACUGAAACAGGUUUGUGAAAAUGGGGAAGUAUCUGAAACAUUCCAUGUAAAAAGUAAUGCUGAGGAUGAGUGGGACAAGGUCCAGACCAUUGAAGCAGGUUUUGUAGAUGAGAACGAGACCAGAAAAGAGAGUGUAGUGACCAACCUUCCAUUGCUGUCUUUCUAUGAGAUGUCAGAGCACUUUGGCUCUCAGGAUUUCUCCGGAGUAAAGGACAAAAUUAGGACAUCGGUGGAACGUCACGGGUUUUCUGCACUGAAGCAUUUCCUAUUUGGUCCACCAAAACUACAUAGAGAUCUACAUGAGGAAAGAGACAGAAUAUUUUGCAUUGCGGCAUCGGUUCUUGAGAACUCUGAUCAGGUUCAUGUACGGUCUCUUCAGACAAUUUACCGCAGCCUCACAGGGUCCAGAUUCGACUGUCCUCGCUAUGGCAACCACUGGGAAGAAAUUGGAUUUCAGGGCAGGGAUCCAUCAACAGACCUGAGGGGUGUAGGACUGCUGGGUUUGUUACAUUUGCUAUAUUUAUUACGUGAUGCCAAGCGGCAGAUGCUUGCCGAUCAAAUCUACAAACUGUCUCUUCACCCCACCCAGAACUUCCCCUUUUGUGUCAUGUCCAUUAAUCUGUCCAGAAUCGCUCUUCAAGCCCUAAGGGAAGGAUGUCUCAACAAAGAGUGCAAUAAACAGAAAGAGGUCCUUCCUUUGAUGUCUGACUUUUACACUGGCUUGUAUCUACAAAUGUACCAGAUGUGGAAAUCGCAGGGGAAAACCAUCGCAGACUCGGGCUUUGUCUUGCAACAUAUUGAAAAUCAUGCAAAAAGACACCCCCAGACAGUUCUGAAAAACCUAGAGGAAUACCUGUACAAAAAGAAGUCUGCAGCCAAUCUUGAGAAUGUGAAUCUGGGAGAGGAACAAUUCACAAGUGUGGUGGACUCAGAAACUGCAGGACAUUAUUAAAUAAAUAUUUAGAUCUAACUGCAGGACAUUAUUAAUAUUUACAUGAAUUCUAUGAUCUAACUGCAGGGCACUAUUGAAUAUUGCAUGAAUUUUAUGGUCUAUCUGCAGGACAUUAUUGAAUAUUGCAUGAAGUCAAUGGUCUCUGACAAUUUGACAAUAUUCUUUCAGAAAUUUAAAAUCAUAAUGUAAGCUGUUUACUUACACCGUAUAAGUAGUAUUUUUAGCGAGAAACAAAGAAGCAGGAAAAAAUGGAUGAUUUCAAUAGGAGCCCCAAAACCUGGCAUUCAAAUAAGGAAUGUAUAGGCAAACCCAAACUAUGUCUACUUUGAUUCAAAAUUGCUUUGUGUUAUACGACAGGAGUGUUGAAGUUGGCAAAAAGUUGCAAAAAUGUCAAAAUCAAUGAAAAAAAUCAUAAAUUCAGGGGAUUUUCCUUUCAGAAAAUAUACAGCCCAUGCUACGAGCAAAUACAUAUUUACAUUUUUCAUCUUCUGUUAACACACAAUAUAUCUUAAUUUCAUUUUGCUCGACAGAUGAGCACACCUUUUCCUAAGCAAUAAUCUGGAUGAAAUUUAACAAUUAACAAGCUCUUUUUGAAAAAAGGCGGGGAAAAGUCUUAUUUAUGAUGUAAUAAUGCUAUCAAAUAAGCAACAACUUUGAUUUAAGUUGAGAUAGUAUACUUGGCAUAUAUUUAACUUACUUAAAGCACAGAUCAAGCUUUAUUAAAGACUCAUUUAAGCAGAAAAUUUUUGGGCUGUUUUAUGUACACAAUCGUACCUUGUUCUUUAGCGAUUUGUGGGUAUAUAUAUUUAGCGAGAGCUAAUUUUAGCGAGUUUAUAAUUCCAAGGAAUGAAUAAUAAUGAUUUUCAAUUUUAGCGACCUAAACACUGUCACUAAAAAUGCCAAAAUUAAAUCCUCACUAAACAUUCUACUUAUACGGUAUAAAUAUUUAAAGAUAAAUAUCCUUUUUAAGUUUCAUCACUGGAAUGGAGAUUGUGGAUUAUCCAUGUAGUGUAAUUGUUUUUGUGUUUGUGGAGCUUUCUGUGACUGCUGGCAAUGUAAUCUGUCUGUACAGGUUGUCUCCCUUUUGAACUUUUAAAUAAUUUCAAAAGAAGCAGUCUGGGUAAGAAAUUAAGAAUUGUACAGGUUAAUACAAGAAAAUAAUUAAAUCUUAUUUUUAUUACAUAUUAUACAAAUAAUUGGAUGUGUACUGGUCAAUAUUAUGAAAUUCAUAUUAAUUACAGUAUAUCACUAGUACUUGCAUGUACAUGAAGAUUAAUCAUUCAUCUAUUAUUGAUGUAUCCUAUGGUCUUCUAGAACAUACUAUUUUAACCAAACAUACUCUGUUUUCUUGCUAUAGUCAAUUCUUUUUAAACAACUUCUCAAAUAUUAAAACCUUAACACCAGUCAGUAUAUCUCUGCAUGGUUUUCACAUAGAAUGUUGAAUUCUUAAAAUGAUUUGGAUUACAAAGUUACUAGAAAUCAAAGUGUAAUUUAUUUUUUUUAUUUUUUUUUACAGAUGAAUUUAUUAUGUGAAUUUAUAUUUCUAUGCUAGUGAAAGGGUUAAGAUUACACUGUUAUCUUUAUUUACAUGUACUUAACUAUUUAAUAUUCAUAGUUAACUAUUAAAUAUUUAUGUUACAAAUGAUAUACAUGUAUGUGUAAUAUUUUUUAUGAGGCUGAUCAAGUGAUAAGUAGGUGAAAUAUUGGUAGGGCAUGAUCUAGUUGUCCACAACCAGUGAAACUGAAGGGGACUACUGUAAAUGGGGAAAUGAUUGCGGUGGUUUUAAUUUCACUAUGUUCGCGGUCGGGGAUUUUUCCGCGAAAUUAAAACAACCGCAAUCAUUUUGCAAGUGUGACACAAUUACGUUUUGAACAGUUAUAAAAUUUGAAUUCUGCGAAAAUAAAACCACCGCAAUUAGACCAAUAUGAAAAACCGCGAACAUUUAGCACCGCGAAAUUAAAACCACUUACAGUAUCUAGGUUUCCUCGUUAUCAGUCUGUCAAUCAGUCUGUGACACUUGGUUUUCCGUACUUUUUUCAUUAUGCUUUGAGUUAGGAAGCUGAAAUUUGGUAUGUGAUUUACUACUGUAUGUCUACAAUCAAUAUUGCCAUUACAAAUUUUUCUAAUUUUGUAUUUUGUUUUUAAUAAAUUUUAUUCUUGCAAAAUUGUUGGGGUGGCAGCCGUCGCCCCUGCCACCCCUUUGCUGAUGCCCUUGACUGAUCAAGUUUAAGUUUCGUCACAGUUGAAUGCUUUUUACGAGAUUUAUGGAACUUUGUGCCGAAUAUAUUUUCACUUGGUUUUCCACUUUUUAGCUCACCUGAGCUGAAAGCUCAAGUGAGCUAUUUUGAUCUCCUAUUGUCCGUCGUCUGUAAACUUUUUACAUUUUCGACUUCUUCUCCAGAACCACUGGGCCAAUUUCAACCAAUCUUGGCCAAAAGCAUCCUUGGGUGAAGGGCUUUCAAGUUUGUUUAAAUGAAGGGCCAUGUCCUUUUCAAAGGAGAGAUAAUCACAAAAAUAGGGUGGGGUCAUUUAAAAAUCUUCUUCUCAAGAACCACUGGGCCAGAAGAGCUGAAAUUUACAUGAAAGCUUCCUGACAUAGUGCAGAUUCAAGUGGUUGGAUGGGGCCACAAUAGGGGAUCAAGUUUUACAUACAAAUAUAUAGGGAAAAUCUUUAAAACUCCUCUUCUCAAGAACCACUGAGCCAGAAAAGCUGAUAUUUACAUGAAAGCUUUCUGACAUAGUGUAGAUUCAAGUUUGUUCAAAUCAUGGCCCCCGGGGGUAGGAUGGGACCACAAGGGGGGAUCAAAGUUUUACAUACAAAUAUAUAGGAAAAAUCUUCUUCUCAAGAACCACUGAGCCAGAAAAGCUGAGAUUUACAUGAAAGCUUCCUGACAUAAUGCAGAUUCAAUUUUGUUAAAAUCAUGGCCCCCGGGGGUUGGAUGGAGCCACAAUAGGGGAUCAAAGUUUUACAUACAAAUAUAUAGGAAAAAUCUUUAAAAAUCUUCUUCUCAAGAACCAUUGGGCCAAAGAAGUUGACAUUUACUUGAAAGCUUCCUGACAUUGUGUAGAUUCAAGUUUGCAAAAAUCAUGGCCUCCAGGGUUAGGUUGGGGCCACAAUAGGGACUAAGGUUUUACAUGCAAAUAUAUAUGGAAAGUCUUCAGAUAUGGGCCAAGGUGACUCAGGUGAGCGAUGUGGCCCAUGGGCCUCUUGUUUCAUCAUGCUUUGUUUAAGGAAGCUGAAAUUUGGUAUGUGGUGACCUAAUGAGUAGAAAUGAAGGUUCACUUUGGUUACGGUUGCCCUAUUUUAACAAAAUCGGUAAGACUAAGUUUCAUAGUUGAAUUGCACUUCUUCAAUUUUUGUUUUCCAGAUUUGAUCAAGGUAGCUGAAAUUUGGUUCGAUAUUUACUAAUAAUUCAUAUGUUUACAGAUCAAGUUUAAGUUUCAUUACAGUGGACUGAUUUUUACGAGAUUAAUGGGACUUUUUGCUGAAUAUUAUUUUCUUAACUUAGGAAUCUGAAUUUUAUUUAUGUGGUUAUGGAAUGAGUAGAUACACAUCAAGUUUCACUAUCAUUACAGUUGAAUUAUUCUAAUAAAAAUGUUUCAUGGUUGACUGAAUUAAUUCUUGUACUUUAUUCAGUUCUUUGUAUUUUUAUUGUGCUAGGACUCGUUAUUGUGUAGAGUCAAUAUGAUUUAAACCAUACCAAUUUGUAAUUGAGUCCCUCAGAUUACCAGAGAUUAAAAUCAUAAUUAUAUUUCCUGGUAUUAUAAAAAUAACAUUCACUUGCUCAUCAAAAAUACAGAUUUAGUUUUCCUCACACUUCGAAAGUGUCAAAUGAGCAUGACAUGAGAGCAAGAUCAUUUUGUUUUAAAAUCCACCGAAGUUGUUGAUGGUGACAUGGUGUAGGUCAAUGCAGUUUUGUACAAUGAUAUAGUUAGAGUAUUUUUGAUAUACUAUUACUUGUGUGUAAUUGUGACUAUUCUAUAUUUUGUAAUGAUUUGUAGAAGUUUGAUGAUACUCUUGUGCAUUCAUGUAUUUAUUUCUUUGUUGAUUUUCCGUCCAUCACAUUGAAUUGUAUUGUGUGACUUUUCUCUUUGUACAAAUUUUCAUGUAAACUUUAAAGUCAGAAAUUAAUUGAUUAUUCUUUUAAUGACUACAAUGUUAACAUUGAAAUUUAUACGUAAGUUUUUUAAAAUUUGAUUUUCGCAUAUUUUACUGAAUGAAAAACAUUUGAAAUGGGAUAUUUGCACCAGUUCUAAUGAAUGUGGUAGUUUUUGGUCGUAAUAAAGUACUAGCGUAUAUUUA